AUGUCACUACGCCAGCUUUCUCUCGCGCUACGGGCUGCAAGACGGGCGCAAUUAGAACCAACGAGGUGGAGCCAACAUGGACGUCUUCUUGUGCGGAGCUGCUCCUGCUCUGCGCCCCACCAGUUACAGCACACGGUGACGGUCUCGUCUGAAGCACCCGCCAGUGCGCAAUUGAACCCUACAGCCGGCACCCCGCCUACACCUCCUCUAGACCACCGAGCCCUCGCGCAAACACAUAAUCUCUUCAUCACAUCUCCAUAUAGCCCCGGCUCGCCGCUCAUUCUUCCCAACGGUGCCUACGUCUUCCAGAAGUUGCAGUCGUUCCUGCGUGCGCAAUAUCCACAAUUCGGCUUCCAAGAAGUUAUCACGCCGAUAAUAUAUAAGAAGUCGCUAUGGGAGAAGUCUGGGCACUGGGAGAAUUAUGCGGAGGAUAUGUUCAGUGUGCAGGGACGAGGGACAACGGCGCAGAUACCUGAAGCAGAAGGCGGAGAAGAUGGGGAGUUCGGUCUGAAGCCAAUGAACUGCCCUGGCCACUGUCUGCUGUUCAGGGACGAGAUCAAGAGUUAUAGAGAUCUCCCAGUCAGACUCGCUGAUUUCAGCGCUCUGCACCGGAACGAGAUCUCAGGCGCUUUGACAGGUCUUACCAGAGUCAGGCGGUUUCAUCAGGACGACGCGCACAUUUUCUGUCGACCAGACCAAAUCCUGGCAGAGAUUGAGCAGACGCUCAAGUUCGUGGGCAUGGUAUACAAUACGUUUGGACUGGGGCCUUACAAGCUGCUUCUCUCCACUCGGCCCAAAGACAGCUUCAUCGGCACUAUCGAGGAGUGGGACCGCGCGGAGGAGCAGCUGACUACCGCGUUGAACAACAUCGGAAGCGAAUGGGCAAUCAACGAGGGCGACGGAGCCUUCUACGGUCCGAAGAUCGACAUCAUCUUGAAAGACUCGAAUGGCAAGGAGCAUCAGACUGCAACCAUACAGCUCGACUUCCAACUUCCGCAGCGCUUCGACCUGCAAUACCAAGCAUCGCCAGAGGAAUUGGAGGCGGGCCCGCAGUCAUCUAUGGAUGCAGGCCUGGACCCGGCUCUUCGCCGCCCGGUCAUCGUACAUCGCGCCAUCUACGGCUCCAUCGAGCGCUUCAUGGCUCUACUGAUCGAACACUACGCCGGCAAAUAUCCGUUCUGGCUUUCGCCUCGACCAGCCAUUGUCCUGUCGCUAAAUUCAGACCCUAAAGUUCUUGAACACGUCUCGCAUAUUCGGUCUGUUCUUUCCGGUCUCACAACCUUCGACGUACCAGCCAAGUCCGCAUCGUCGCCCAAGCCCUUACCAUUAUCGACUAUACAUCUGCCCAUCGAUGUCGAUACAAGCGAUCGCUCGCUUGGUAAGAAGAUCGCUGAAGCAAGAACAAAGAAGUACAACCACAUUAUCGUGGUUGGCGGCAAGGAGGUGGAGAGUGAUAGCAUGAAUCUUCAGAUCGUGAAUCAGCCAAAUGAGGAGUCCACUAUAGAAGCGCUGCAAGUUUCUUUAGGAAAGACACUCACUGAGAAAGAGCGAUCAAAGGCCACCGUGAACGUCGACCUAGAUUGCGCCAGGAAAUACUUCGAGAACCUGGCCAACUCUUUCUUCUAUCAAGAAUGUGUCCUGUCUUUAAACUCGAACUACAGGUUGGUGUUCCCACCCUCACUCUCGAUUUCACUUUCACUCCGACUCCUGAGCACCGCCAAAACAAUUAGUCCUUGCACGGGUAUCUUCAGAUUCCUUAUUAUUACUGUCGCGGUCGGACCUGACGAGGCCAAGAAAAAGUUCAAGAUCUAUCGCGGGCUGCUGUGUCACUUCUCUAGGUACUUCGAUCGCAUGCUCAACGGUUCGUUCCGGGUAGGCAGCUUGAUAUACCUUCGUCUACGAGAUGUGGAAGCCGAAACCUUCAGUAUCUUCUACUGCUGGCUGAAUUCUGGUCUUGUGCACUACGGGGACGGCCUGGCCUGGAAGAGUUUGACGGAUGCCUACAUCUUCGCCGACUACCAUCAGUCACCCCUCUUCCGGAACGCUGUCUUGGACUAUCUGUAUCUUCGCUAUUCAGCAGAGAAAAAGAUCACAGUCUUUGCAGACCUCUUGUAUGGCAACACAACUGAAAGAGACUGCAUGAGUAAGCUUGUUGUCGACUUCACCGUGGCAGCCGACGGCUUCAGACAAUAUGAUAAACAUUAUCUCUUGAAUUUUCCCAAAGAGCUUCAGGUGGAUGUUAUGGUGGCAUGUGGUAAGAAGGACGUCGUUGAGCCACUUGGUAGGAGUUCAAAUGUGAGAGAAUACUUGAUCGGGUUGAAGAGUAAGGUAUGCGGGAAAUACCACGAGCAUGUGGAGAGGGAUGAGAUGGUGAUUGGACAUGAAGAAAUGUGGUUCUUCGAUCCACCUUUGCGAUAG